AUGUCGACAAGCAUAGAUAAGAGAAGCAAGGAGAACCUUCCAUGGGUCGAGAAAUACAGACCCGAAACGUUGGACGAAGUGUACGGACAGAAUGAGGUGAUCACCACGGUUCGUAAAUUUGUAGAAGAGGGUAAAUUACCACAUCUUCUAUUCUAUGGGCCUCCAGGGACUGGUAAAACCUCUACAAUUGUUGCUUUGGCACGUGAAAUAUAUGGUAAGAACUAUUCGAACAUGGUUUUGGAGCUGAAUGCAUCAGAUGACAGAGGUAUUGAUGUGGUGAGGAAUCAAAUCAAAGAUUUUGCCUCUACGAGACAAAUUUUCUCUAAAGGGUUCAAGCUGAUCAUACUAGAUGAGGCAGACGCCAUGACCAACGCUGCACAAAAUGCGCUGAGAAGGGUCAUUGAACGGUAUACCAAGAACACGCGAUUCUGCGUGUUGGCCAAUUAUGCACAUAAACUUACACCUGCGUUAUUGAGUAGAUGCACGAGAUUCAGAUUUCAGCCUUUGCCUCAGGAGGCCAUUGAGCGUCGGAUAGCUAAUGUCUUGGUGCAUGAGAAGCUGAAAUUAUCAUCCGAUGCUGAGAAGGCUUUAAUAGAACUUUCCAACGGUGAUAUGAGACGUGUGUUAAAUGUUUUGCAGUCGUGCAAGGCUACUUUAGACAAUCCUGACGAGGAUGAGAUCAGUGACGACGUCAUCUAUGAAUGCUGUGGGGCACCCAGACCAAGCGACCUAAAGACAGUACUAAAGUCGAUGCUCGAGGACGACUGGGGCACCGCCUAUUAUACGCUUAACAAAGUACGCAGCGCGAAGGGCCUGGCGUUGAUCGACUUAAUCGAGGGCAUAGUGAAGAUAUUGGAGGACUACGAGCUCCAAAAUGAGGAGACAAGAGUGCAUUUGCUCACCAGGCUAGCCGACAUCGAGUACUCGAUAUCUAAGGGUGGCAAUGACCAGAUUCAGGGCAGCGCGGUCAUUGGCGCAAUCAAGACCAGCUUCGAGAACGAAACCGUUAAAGCCAACGUAUAA